AUGCAGACGACUCGGGGCAGCUCUUCUCCUACACGACGAUCCACGCAACCUGCUCGCGUGCUGCGUUUGGGCUGCACCCAUGAAAACGUCACUGUGCUGCGUUUCCAGGACGUCGUGGUCGAACUUCGUGGCACAGACUUCAACGCCGACUGCCUCCGCGGAUUCCUCCCCUGCCCUGGGUGGCCCACGCUCGUCGACGCCGCACGCUCGGUCUGUUGUGUUUACUAUCACCGUAAAGGCACAGCAUCUGACCAGCUUUCCGUCCUCACGCUACCCUCACCACUGCCUGCAACUUGGGGAUAUAUCCCUUCCCGCAGAGCAAUAGGAGACGGCGGAUGA